AUGCGCUUAGCUGACAUUACUGGAAGAACCGUCUCUGCGCAUCUAUUCAACAAAACCAUAUUGGACAUUGCCGAAAUCUCAGCCGAGCAUGAAUACCAGGCGCUGAUGCUUCGUCUCACCACAGCGCCGCGACCAGAGCCCCUUUCGUCCUGGGAAAAGCUAUCACGAACCAUUAACAAGUCCCUCGGGCGGCCGGCCACUGCUGACGUUGGCAUUCUAGCGCGACACUUGGGCCGUCUUCGAGAUGCUGCGCAAAGACGGCUACCCGGAGAAGACGUCGAUUCCGUCGCCAUUUCGCUCAGUCCAGUACGCGGCCUACGACUAGAAGAUGUGGAAGACGCCCUCACACAUGUUGGCCUGAAAUCCUGGAUACGAAGUGACCAUGUACAGGCUGGGCUCGACCCCACGCUUCUCACGGAGCCUCAUGCGGUAUAUGCCACUCAUGGUCAAGGACUGUGCCAUGAGUAUAAGAAUCUCUUUGAGUGCUGGGAGGAAGAGGAACACUUUGCCCAAGAGACUCUGCUUGUCGCGGGGCUCACGCCCACUGAGCUACGCGUUGAAGUCGCCCAACUAAAGGCGCCGUUUGCUUGGAACCAAGCACUAGAGGACUACGUUGUUGAGCUCCGCGCCGGGUUGGACUCGUUGCCUGUUUUUGCAUCGCCACAGGCAUAUUGGGAAUAUGUCCAAACAACCCUGGAGGCGUUCCUCUCUCAGAUCCGGGGUCCUUUACCGACCAGCAUCAUGCUAUUGAGUGCCGACGCGACUCGGCCAGAGUUUUCGCAAGCCCUGAGGCACGCCUUGUCACAUUAUCACUACAUUGGAACAAAUCUGACCGAGCCCAAGUACCACACGGCCUUGCAGGGCUUCCCUGUUCAAUUUGGGCCGUCGAGGGGGGCGGCCCAGUAUGCACGCUGGAGGCGGGAGGCGCCAUUGGGCUGCAGGGAGGACAAGCGCUGUGACGACGAAAGGGAUAAGGAGAGGAGUGGCGUCAGUAAGCUUGUACCAGGAUUGAAAGGCGAGCUCAAAUAA